AUGUCCGACCUCCCACCGAGAGGUCGGGGCGCGAGGCCCCCUGGGGCGGUUCCUAGGAGCCAUCGUGGGGGGGACUCGGGCUCCACACCACCAGCGAUACCACCAUCGGUCGCUGGCUCAUCGUCUUUUGGUGGUGAUGCCUCACCAAUCUCGCCAGACCCGACCUCGACUAGGGUCACAUACUCGACGGUUGUGCCAGCUCGAUCUUGCCACACAUUGCCCCACCGCAGGUCCCGUUCCACCACGGGCUCUACCCAUUCGUCCGCAGAUGAGUCUGACUCAGGGACGGCCCACCCCCAGGAGAUGGAGGUAGAGGGCACUCAGGGAGGGGAGGAGGUCUUGAGGGACCCCUCUGUCGACCUUCUUCUAGGUCAAUACGCCUUGAAGUUCCGAGACACAGUCAAGGAUCUUCCUGGCGAUCUCGAGGUAUUGACCACCUCCAUUGUGAAGGCCACAGACUGGGUUCUGCAGGCCGCGCACCACAAUCUGCUCACCAUCGAUGGGGGUGAUGCCUUUGUGGCCCAGAUGACGUCCUUCGUGAACGCCGUCAUGGUCACUGACUUCAGUCGUAUUCGCGGACCAGGCGAACUCGACAACUUCUCGCUCGCCUCUCUCCUUGAGGCCGAGACGUCUUCCAAGGAUGAGCCGACCAUUCACCCGGCUCCUGUUUUCAGGCCUCCUCCUCCUGCUGCCCGUGGGCCACUUGAUGAGGGUGUCGUUGACAUGGGGGCUCCGCCUGACAUCCUCAUGCAGGCUUUGGACGACCUUGGUCGCCUGGCCUCCCCUCCUCGCAUCCCCGCUUCCAAGAAGCGUAAGGGUGUUGAUCGUCCGGUCCCACCUCCUCCUCAGAAGAAGAGUAAGGUGGCCUACUCCCGCCCUGGUCCGCCCCUGCCGAUCAAUCGUGCCACCAAACCCAAGCCCCGUCCAGCAACGUGGGCAGGGAUUGCACGACAGGCCGCUCCGAUGCCUCCCCCGCCUCCUGGCUUGGGACCGCAGCGUCGCGGGCCUUCUCCUCCUCCCCCUGCAUUCCCAACUGGCCCAAUGAAGACUUCUCCUCACCGAAGCAAGUUCUCGUUCGGGGGUACCCCUCCCGACCUCACGAAGUUCUUCACCGACUCGGCUGUCCGUGCAGCCAACGGAUAUCUCAGGGAUGGGCGAUCUAUGUUAAAGGUCACCUCCAUCGUCCGCGCCUAUGACGGUUUGUCAUUGGUCACCCCUGCUGUUGCCAGCCCGUCCGACCUGGACAUACUGCGCAACUUCAUCCACGAAAGCCUCCCAAUGGGUACCCCGUUCGAGGUUGUGCUCCCGUCGUCGACAUCGUUCAUAAAGAUCCUCAAUGUUCCCUACUUUGAUCCAAAGGGGUUGAAGAUCACCCAGGAGGCGCUUGAAAAGGCCCUCCGUACCUCGGUUCACGCUGAGGUCUUCGCAUAUCUGAGCACCAAGCCUCGGAUCGACCGCAACUCGGCACACUCGACAUCGUGCACCGUGUAA